AUGCGCUUUGAGAGCAUCUUGGAAGGCUUGUUUGGGCCGGGACUAGUCAAAGACAUCACUCUAUUCCAAGACUGCGAGCCGGAGGAAGUGUCUGACUGGUCCUUCGAUGAAAACUGUCUCUUCUGCUGCUUAAGACGUGAGAAAAUCAAGGACCACGGUGUAGAGAACGGUGGAGGCAGCCAGGUGCUGUCUGAGUGUGAAGACUUCAAGCGGGAGCAGUCUCGGAUCAGCCGGCUGGAGAGACAGGCCCAAGACUUCCUCAAUGCUGUGUUCCACAGAAAAGACCUCCCAAGUUUCUCAGACCCUCACAUUCCUCUCGUGGCUCGUGAGAUCAUGCAGCGAAUGAUCCGCCAGUUCGCUGCCGAAUAUACCUCAAAAACUACUCAGGACGACCUGCCCCUGCCCAACGGCACCAUGAAGGACCAAAGCCUACCGAUAGCGGCGUCUCUGGCCCCGGGCCCCUGCUCCCCACCCGGGCCCCUGCCGGCACCGAGCUCCCCUCCAUCGUCUGCCUCCUCCUCCCCAUCCCCGACCCCGGGCCCAGGCCUCAGCCCCACUGCCGCUGCUGCCGCCUCAGCACCCACCUGCACCCAGAGCAGCAACGGCACGGGAGCCAGUAACGGUGGAGGAGGGGGUACGGCUGCCGCCUCUGCACAGAAUCCCGUCCUCAGCAAGCUUCUCAUGGCCGACCAGGACGGCCCGCUGGACCUCACCGUGAAGAAGAACCAGGCCGACUCAGAGCCCAGCCAGCAGGGUGAGAAUGGCGUCCUGGACCUCUCCACCAAGAAGAACAACAGCGCAGACGGCCACAAAACCUCGCCCGGCUUCCCGCCUGCGUCUGGGGGCAAAGGACGUUCCCUCAAAGUGGAACAUACCCUGCCCGAUGUGGACGAGGAGGACGCCCUUCUGCAGAAAAGCUUGCAGGACGGACUGAGGGAGAACCACGUCAGCUCAAACUCCUUCAAGCCGCCACUGGCCCGCUCACUGCGCAUCAAGGAAGAACUCCUCAGCCAGAAGCACCGCCUCCUGAGCCAGCCUGCUGCUCUCUCAUUGGCUAAUCUAGAGUCAGCUGGCUUGCUCAAUCAUGGGCAGUCCCAAUCCUUGCUUAGCCAGAAGGGCUCCUCCUCUUUCUGGGGAAGCAAGGCCCACCUGGAGAGCCUGAUGAAGCUGAAACAGGCCAGUGGAGCUCUGAGCGGGGCCCUCAGUGACCUUAAAGACCUGCCUACAUUCCUGGAGAAUCACCACCACAACCACCAUGGAGCCUUUUCCAUCAAGAGUUCCCUUCUCCAUCACCACCACAAUCAGGUCUCCAAGGCCCAACACCACCACCAAAACGAGGGCAAGAGAGACCAGGGCCACUCACCUCCUGUCGACCUUAAGAUCCCCCAGGUUCGGGGCAUGGAUCUCUCCUGGGACUCCCAUGCCUCUGAGCUGUAUGGCUACGGCAGCAUGGGGGUUGGGGGUGGUGGGGAUUCUUCCCUGAGCCGGAAGUUGAGAGCCAUCUUGCCCAAGCAGAACCGCCGGGGAUCGAGCCUCGGAAGCCUGCUGGAUGGGGCGGCUGACUACUGGAGCUCUGACUUGGAGCACUCCAUCUCUGGUCCAGCGUACUCCACCUCCGACGUUGAAGGGGACCCGAACUCCAAGCAGCCACGGAAGAAGAGGGGCCGUUAUCGCCAGUACAACAGUGAGAUCUUGGAGGAGGCCAUCACGGUAGUGAUGAGCGGGAAGAUGAGCGUAUCCAAGGCUCAGAACAUGUACGGCAUCCCGCACAGCACCCUAGAGUACAAGGUCAAAGAGCGCAUGGGAACCCUGAAGAACCCCCCAAAGAAGAAGCUCAAGCUCAUGAUGAAGAUGGAAGCGGGAGGCCAGGAUUUUCCCGCCGAAUCGGAGAACACACCAACCUCAACCCCGCGAGACGACGGCCCACCUCUGGCAGCUGCAGAGCUCAAGGACAAUGUCAAAGAAGAGAUUGAUGACAAUUUCAAACCAAUCGACUAA